UGGAAGCGGCGGCGGUGGCGGCGGCGGCGAGGAGGGCGAGGCCGCAGGAUCCAGCAGCCAAGCACUAGGACUAGACAUCCCAGCAAUGACCAGCUCUCCUGUCUCCAGAGUUGUCUACAACGGCAAGAGGAAUAGCAGUCCCCGCUCUCCCACCAACAGCAGUGAGAUCUUCACUCCAGCACAUGAAGAGAAUGUGCGCUUCAUUUAUGAAGCCUGGCAGGGUGUCGAGCGAGACCUGCGCAGCCAGCUGUCCAGUGGUGAGCGGUGCCUAGUGGAGGAAUAUGUGGAGAAAGUUCCCAACCCCAGCCUGAAGAGCUUCAAGCCCAUCGACCUGAGUGACCUGAAGCGCCGGAACACGCAGGACGCCAAGAAGUCCUAGAGUGCCUGGCGCCCUCCCCUGGCCUCCAGAAGAUCAGGGUGCACUUGAUGGUCUCAAGUUGCCCCUGUCACUGGGGGAGCAGGGGUCUGGCCGUAUCUGCCCCUGUCCUUCUCCCCUGGCCAGCUGCUUCUUGGGUAGCACCUGGCCCGACCUGCCCAGCCCUCUCUGCUGUUACCUGCCAUGCCUCGCCCCUCCCCUUCCUGGCUGCUUAAGGUCAGGAAGGAAAAAGGGGAACACUGUUUCUUCGGCUGUCGGAACCUUGAAAUGACCAGAAAGUAGGACAUGCGCAGUCCCACCUGCAUCCAGUGUGGCUCUCUCCAAGGAGACUUGCUUUUAUUCUGCCCUGGACAUUUGGGGAGCUCCCCCUUCCAUCCCCACUGUCCGUCCUGACCCUUCCUUGCCCCACUUUCAGAGUGAGCCCAGGACAGUGCUGGCUCUCUGAGGGCAACCAGGCCUUGUGUCCUGGUACCUGCAGCCCGGUGGUCACAACAGUGCCCUGGACAGGGCAUUAAGGCCCACCCUGAAGGGGCGGUGCUGCCGGGCCUGUCUGGCUUUCUGGGAUGUGCUGGGAGGAUUACCAAGGCCCCCUUUUCUUGUGGCCUCUUGAAUCCAAGUGUCUGUAGCUUUGGAGACUGAGGGUCUGUGAAUAAAGGUGGGUGGCACUGGAA